AUGGGACGCGUGUUACUCCUGCCCCACCAUCCAGGGGCAGAUCAAGAAAGCGUAGACGAGGUCAGCGAGACCUCCUCCAGUCCCCCACCCAGUGCGGAGUGGAUACGCCUCUAUCCAAUUCUGACCUUUGACUCGUUGUUGGCCGCUGCGGGCGGCCGCCUAGGGGAGGUGGCUGUUCUGCAAGGGGCUCAACUGCCCUCCUUCCGAGACCUGGCCUCUUCCUACUGCAAGAGUACACAGCGCCAGGACAGGGCCCUAGCUGGGGCUUUCCUUGGCUGCAGAUGUAUGUUUUUACGGAUGAAGAUAUGGAGCAGCGGGCAACAGGAGGACAGAGAAGUGCAACCGUACCCUGACCACCGGGAGCUGGCGUUGCCCCAGGAGACGACUGUGGAACUGAGCUGUGGAGUGGGGCCACUACAAGUGAUCCUGGGCCCGGGUCAGGCCGUGGUGCUGGACUGUAGUCUGGGGGCUACCACCGCUGGGCCCCCCACCAGUGUGACCUGGAGCAAGGAUGGGGCCUCCCUGCCUGAGCACCACCCCCUGCAGCUACUGCCCAAUGGCUCCCUGUGGCUGUCCCAGUCGCCAGCACUCCUUGAUGGUAGUGAUGAGGUGGCCCCUGGGCCCUCAGGUGUCAUUGAGGGCAGCUAUUCCUGCCUGGCCCAUGGUCCUCUUGGAGUGGUGGCCAGCCAGGCCGCUGUAGUCAAGCUCGCCACACUUGCAGGCUUCUCUCUGCACCCGGAGUCUCAGACGGUGGAGGAGAAUGGGACAGCUCGGUUUGAAUGCCACAUUGAAGGGCUGCCAGCACCAGUCAUCACUUGGGAGAAGGACCAGGUGACAGUUCCCCAGGAGCCUCGGCUCAUCACUCUUCCAAAUGGCGUCCUCCAGAUCCUGGACGUUCAGGAGAGCGACUCAGGCUCCUACCGCUGUGUGGCCACCAACUCAGCCCGCCAGCGCCUCAGCCAGGAGGCUGUUCUCAGUGUGGCCCGCAGAGGGUCCCUGGCGUCCACCAGGGAGCAGGAUGUGGUCAUCGUGGCAGCCCCGGAGAACACCACCGUGGUGUCUGGUCAGAGUGUGGUGAUGGAGUGUGUGGCCUCAGCUGACCCCACCCCUUUUGUGUCCUGGGUCCGACAGGAUGGGAAGCCCAUCUCCACGGAUGUCAUCGUCCUGGGCCGCACCAAUUUACUGAUCGCCAGUGCGCAGCCCCGGCACUCUGGCGUCUACGUGUGCCGCGCCAACAAGCCUCGCACCCGCGACUUUGCCACCGCAGCUGCUGAGCUCCGCGUGCUGGCGGCCCCCGCCAUCUCUCAGGCGCCCGAAGCGCUGUCGCGGACACGGGCGAGCACAGCGCGCUUCGUGUGCCGAGCCUCUGGGGAGCCCCGGCCGGCCUUGCGCUGGCUGCACGACGGGGCUCCGCUGAGGCCCAACGGACGCGUCAAGGUGCAGGGUGGCGGCGGCAGCCUGGUCAUCACACAGAUCGGCCUGCAGGACGCCGGCUACUACCAGUGCGUGGCCGAGAACGGCGCGGGCACGGCCUGUGCCGCUGCGCCCCUGGCAGUGGUGGUGCGCGAGGGCCUGCCCAGCGCGCCCACACGGGUCACGGCCACGCCGCUGAGCAGCUCUGCGGUGCUCGUGGCCUGGGAGCGGCCUGAGCUGCACAGUGAGCAGAUCAUCGGCUUCUCCCUCCACUAUCAGAAGGCACGGGGCAUGGACAAUGUAGAGUACCAGUUUGCAGUGAACAAUGACACCACAGAGCUACAGGUUCGAGACCUGGAACCCAACACUGACUAUGAGUUCUACGUGGUGGCCUACUCCCAGCUGGGGGCCAGCCGCACCUCAGCCCCAGCGCUGGUCCACACACUGGAUGACGUCCCAAGUGCAGCACCCCAGCUCUCCCUGUCCAGCCCCAACCCCUCGGACAUCAGGGUGGCAUGGCUGCCCCUGCCCCCCGGCCUGAGCAAUGGGCACGUGGUGAAAUACAGGCUCGAGUACGGCUUGGGGAAGGAAGUCCCCUUUGCCCCUGCAGAGCUGAAGGUGCGGGCAAGAAUGGAGUCCCUGGUGGUGUCUUGGCAGGCGCCCCCUCAUCCUGCCCAGAUUUCUGGCUACAAACUGUACUGGCGGGAGGUAGGGGCUGAGGAAGAGGCCAAUGGCGAGAGUGCCCCUGGAGGCCGCAGAGACCAGGCUUGGGACGUGGGUCCUGUCCGGCUCAAGAAGAAAGUGAAGCAGUAUGAGCUAACCCAGCUAGUUCCUGGACGACUGUAUGAGGUGAAGCUUGUAGCAUUCAACAAACAUGAGGAUGGCUAUGCGGCAGUGUGGAAGGGCAAGACAGAGAAGGCACCCACACCAGACCUGCCCAUACAGAGGGGGCCGCCCUUGCCACCUGCCCAUGUCCACGCAGAAUCUAACAGCUCCACGUCCAUUUGGCUUCGAUGGAAAAAGCCAGACUUCACUACAGUCAAGAUUGUCAACUACACAGUGCGCUUCAGCCCCUGGGGACUCAGGAAUGCCUCCCUCGUCACCUAUUACACCAGCUCUGGUGAAGAUAUUCUCAUUGGCGGGCUGAAGCCAUUCACCAAAUACGAGUUUGCAAUACAGUCCCAUGGAGUGGACACGGAUGGGCCUUUUGGCUCUGUGGUAGAGCGCUCCACCCUGCCUGACCGGCCCUCAACGCCCCCAUCAGACCUGCGCCUGAGCCCCCUGACACCAUCCACCGUCCGCCUGCACUGGUGUCCCCCAACAGAACCCAACGGGGAGAUCGUGGAGUACCUGAUCCUGUACAGCAGCAACCACACCCAGCCCGAACACCAGUGGACUCUGGUCACCACAGACGGAAACAUCUUCAGUGCUGAGGUGCAUGGCCUAGAAAGCGACACUAGGUACUUCUUCAAGAUGGGGGCGCGCACAGAGGUGGGGCCUGGGCCCUUCUCCGGCCUGCAGGAUGUGAUCACUCUCCAAGAGAAGUUGUCAGACUCUCUGGACGUGCAUUCGGUCACAGGCAUCAUCGUGGGCGUCUGCCUGGGCCUCCUCUGCCUCCUGGCUUGCAUGUGUGCUGGCCUGCGCCGUAGCCCCCACAGGGAAACCCUUCCGGGCCUGUCCUCCACAGCCGCCACUGGGAAUCCAGCACUGUAUUCCCGAGCCAGACUUGGUCCUCCCAGCCCCCCAGCUGCCCAUGAACUGGAGUCCCUUGUGCACCCCCGUCCUCAGGACUGGUCCCCACCACCCUCAGACAUCGAGGACAGAGCUGAAGUGCACAGUCUUAUGGGUGGCAGUGUUUCUGACUGCCGGGGUCACUCCAAGAGAAAGAUCUCCUGGGGUCAGCCUGGUGGGCCGAGCUGGGCAGGCUCCUGGGCAGGCUGUGAGCUACCCCAGGGAGGACCCAUGCCCUCUCUGACCCGAGCCCUGCUGCCCCCUGCUGGAACUGGGCAGACGCUUUUGCUGCAGGCUCUGGUGUAUGAUGCCAUAAAGGGCAACGGAAGAAAGAAACCACCCCCAACGUGCAGGAACCAGGUGGAGGCUGAAGUCAUUGUCCACUCUGACUUCAGUGCGUCCAAAGGGAACCCUGACCUCCAUAUCCAAGACUUGGAACCUGACAUUGUCCUAUCUUCGGACACUCCUGACCUCACCUCAGGUGUUAUGGAUCUAAGGCAGGGGGCAGAUUGGCUGGACGAGGAGCUGGGAGGCUGUGAGCAAGCAGCCGCUGGGUCAGACAGACUUACUUGCUUGCCAGAGGCAGCCAAUACUUCCUGUCUCUACCCAGACCUCCCAUCCAGUGAGGCUCUGGAGGAGGCCCCUGGGAACAGCUACCAGCCAAAGGCCCCCUGCUCUCUAGCAGCCAGCCCAGCUCUGCCCAGAGCCCCAGUCUCCUCCAGUGCUUAG